AUAUGACAAAGGUUCAAUAAGUGCUGUGUACAAAUGCGGUCAUUACUCAAUAUUAUCUCAUUUGGCAGCAGUUGAAGAAUAUCGAAAAACAAAAUUAAAUGGAAAAAUUGGAUUAAAAGUAGAUGGAGAUGCCAUGAUUCCACUUGAUCCAAAUUCAAAAGCAGAUCAGCAGGCGGCAUUUCGUGGUAUGGUGUGGGGCUUUGGCUGGUUUGCCAAUCCAUUAUACAAAGGUAAUUAUCCAGCUUCAAUGUUAGAUGAUCUGGAUUCAACCAUUCUUCCUCGUUUCAUAUUAAGUGAAAUGAAGCGUCUUCGACAGAAUAAACCGGAUUUUCUUGGCUAUGAUGGAUAUACAACUGGCUGGGCUCGUCCAACCAAAAAUUGCAAACGUAAUGAGAGCAAUACAUGGCCGAUAUGUGUUGAUGGAAUUGAAACAUUACCAAAUGGUACAAGUAUUGGUCCACCAACAAACUCUCCCUGGAACUUUGAUUAUCCACAGACACUUCGCAUUGGCCUAAAACAUUUGUAUUCGACGUACGGUGCUUAUCCAUUAUAUAUAACAGAAAAUGGAAUGGCAGUUGUCAAUGAAAGUCAGCUUAGUCGUUCAAAUGCAUUAAAUGAUUACGCUCGUAUUAACUGGUAUAAAGGUUAUUUAAAGGUGUUGAAAGAAGUCAUUGAACAAGAUCACAUACCUGUCGACGGAUUUAUUGCAUGGGCAUGCCUGGAUAAUUUUGAAUGGAUCUAUGGAUAUAAUACACGAUUUGGUCUCAUCUAUGUUGAUUAUGAAACAGAACAACGAUAUGUUAAACAAAGUGCACGAUAUUUAAAGGGAGUAUUCAAACAAGGAAAACCGAUUUAA